AUGUGGCAAUGCCCAUGCCCCGAAACGAAGAAGAAAAAAAGACCCGAUAUUCCUGGUCAUAACUUACACUCUGCCCUUGGCACGCCUGCCGCAAACAAAACCUACCUCUUCUCCCUUCUUCGGGCCAUCAUUCAAUGUCUCUUUAUUCCAAAUCAAGACUGUAGUCCGAGUCUUCCCCAUAUUCAUUCUCCGACCCGGAACCCGAUAUACAACCAAGAAUUUCCCCACGCCGCAGAUCAUUUUCGUCUCACGACAUCCAAAGUCGCACAUCGCACAUGGCACCAUAUGCAACGUCCGUCCGACAUCCCCAAACUACUCACCGAAGAAGUUUCCACCGCAUCAUGCACUCUUACUAACCCAAUCUCCCAUGCAAACCUCCGCAUAUAUCGAAUGCAAUGUAAUAUGAUUGUACGGGUAACAAGCGGCAGAACCAAUUCGAUGGGCAUUGCAUAUUAA